ACGACCUGAGUUUCCUGUAAAAUCUGCAGAAAUGUAAAUACAGAUAUUCCUUUUAUUUGUAAUUCACAUUUUGAAGAUCACAAUAAUCUGAUAUUUAAACUGAAUGAAACACAGUGGAGGAGGGAUCAUGUUUUUUUAUCCCCCACAAUGCAAUUCCCUCAAUCUCUUUCACUUUCACUCUUGGAUUAUUUGAACGUGAACUUCGAGCAGGAAACGAAGGUGAGAGGAUUCUCUACUCUCAGUGUCACCAUGUCAUUGGCUCCUCUCCUGCUGCUACUGUUCCUUCCUGUCCCUCCCUCAUCCGGAGCACAGCUGCCCAAUCAGGGCCAAGCCAAAGACCCCCCCAUCGCCACCAACGGCCAGCCGUUCCCGUGGGACCGCAUGAGACUUCCCAAAACCAUCUUCCCGCUCCACUAUGACCUCACCAUCCACCCCAACCUGACCACCCUGGACUUCACCGGCCUCGUUCGCAUCGAGCUGGACGUGCUGGAGGACACCAGCAUGAUCGUCCUCCAUGCCAAGCAGAUGCAGAUAUCUCACGUGCUGCUCCUGGCGCCUGAAGGCGUGAGGCCUCUCCGGGUGCUGGAGUAUCCUCACUUCCAUCAGCUCGCCCUGCAGUCGGAUUCCGUGCUGACCAAAGGAAGGAGGUACGAGGUGCAGCUGAGGUUUGCUGCCAACUUGUCCGACAGCUUCCACGGCUUCUACAAGAGCAGCUACCGCACCAGCAGCGGGGAAGUCCGGGUUAUGGCGUCCACACAGUUUGAAGCAACGUUUGCUCGUGGAGCUUUCCCCUGUUUUGACGAGCCUGCUUUCAAAGCCAACUUCACCAUACGGAUCAUACGAGAGCCGCGGCACAUAACCAUCUCCAACAUGCCUCAGGUUAAAACAGUGGAGUUGCCGGGCGGUUUGCUGGAGGAUCACUUCGACACCUCAGUCCGGAUGAGCACGUACCUGUUGGCCUACAUCGUGUCUGACUUCCUGUCUGUGAGCAGGACCACGCAGCACGGCGUCAAGAUUUCAGUCUACGCCGUCGCUGAGAAGAUCGACCAGACGGCCUUUGCUCUGGAAGCUGCUGUCAAGCUGCUGGACUUCUACGAUGACUACUUUGAUAUUCCUUACCCGCUUCCCAAACAGGACCUGGCUGCUAUCCCUGACUUCCAGUCAGGUGCGAUGGAGAACUGGGGGCUGACGACCUACAGAGAGGCGGGCCUCCUCUUCGACGCCGACAGGUCUUCAGCUUCAGACAAACUGGCCAUCACCAAGGUCAUCGCCCAUGAGCUCGCACACCAGUGGUUCGGGAACCUGGUGACGAUGGAGUGGUGGAACGACCUGUGGCUCAACGAGGGUUUCGCCAAAUUCAUGGAGUUUAUCUCUCUGGACGUCACGUACCCGGAGCUGCAAGUGGAUGACUUUUUCCUGGGGAAAUGUUUUGAGGCCAUGGAGGUGGACUCCCUCAGCUCCUCUCACCCAGUCUCCACCCCCGUGGAGAACCCCAUGCAGAUCCAGGAGAUGUUCGACGAUGUGUCAUAUGACAAGGGAGCAUGUAUUCUGAAUAUGCUGCGGGACUUCCUGACUCCAGAGGCCUUUGAGAUCGGCAUCAUCAAAUACCUGAAGCGCUUCAGCUACCAAAACACUGUCAACAGCCACCUGUGGGAGAGCCUCACUAAUGUCUGCAGCUCAGAUGAUUUGGAAGAAGGCCGAAUGAAACACAAAGAAUUCUGCUCCAAACGCAAAGUCCAGUCUGGAGCCACCAAGUGGUACUCCGGUGAUGAGCUGGACGUCAGGGCCAUCAUGGACACCUGGACGUUGCAGGAGGGCUUCCCCCUGGUCACCGUGGAGGUCAGAGGUCGCGAGGUCAGGCUCAGUCAGGAGCGUUACCUGAAGACAGAUGACCCCUCCCUCACUGAAGGAUUCCUGUGGCAGAUUCCACUCACCUAUGUGACCAGCGCCUCCAACACCGUCCACCGCUUCCUGCUGAAAACCAAGACUGACGUCCUGUACCUGCCGCAGGAGGUGGACUGGGUGAAGUUCAACGUGGACAUGUGUGGCUACUACAUGGUGCACUAUGCAGGCGAGGGGUGGAACUCCAUCAUCAAAGUGCUGCAGCACAACCACACAGCGCUGACCAGCAACGACCGAGCCAGCCUCAUCCAAAACGUCUUCCAGCUGGUCAGUGUGGGGAAGGUGAGGCUGGACACGGCUCUGGAGCUCUCUCUCUACCUGUCCAGAGAGACGGAGAUCAUGGCUGUGACUCAGGGCUUCGGAGAGCUCGUACCUCUCUACAAACUGAUGGAGAAGAGAGACAUGCCAGCUCUGGAGAACCAGAUGAAGAGCUACAUCGUGGAACUGUUCCGGGGCCUGAUUGAUCGCCAGGUGUGGACCGACUCUGGAUCAGUGUCGGAGCGGGUGCUCAAGAGUUACCUGCUGCUGUUCGCCUGUUUCAGGAACUACGCCCCCUGCUUGACCAAAGCCACGCAGCUCUUCAACGAGUGGAAGGAAUCCGAUGGCAACAUGAGUCUCCCAGUGGACAUCACCAUGGCUGUGUUUGUGAUUGGAGCUCGCACGCCGGAGGGGUGGGACUUCUUGUUCGAGAAAUACCGCCAUUCCAUGCAAAUGUCUGUCAAGAGCCGCAUGAAGAUGGCCAUGGCUGUCACUCCGCUGCAGGACAAGCUCCAGUGGAUGAUGGAGCAGAGCCUCCACGGGGAAGUGAUGAAGACUCAGGACCUCCCAGACGUGGUCGUCUCCGUCAGCAAGAACCCCCGCGGCUACAAACUGGCCUGGGACUUCUUCAGAGCCAACUGGUCCAACUUCAUCAAGAAGUUUGACCUCGGCUCCAACUCAGUGUCAUACAUGGUGAAGGGUGUGACCAACCAGUAUUCUACCAGGGAGAUGCUACAUGAGGUACGAAGCUUCUUUGGCUCCCUGACCGAGGAGACGGGCUCAGAGAUGAGAUGCAUCCAGCAGAGCUACGAGAGCAUCGAGGACAACAUCCGCUGGAUGGACACCAACCUUCCUCUGCUGAAGGCCUGGCUCGACCGACGCAGCCCCAGGAUAUCUCAUGAGGAUUUAUAGCUCCAGGAGAAGCAGAAAGUCUGACGUCACUGACUUUAAUGAUGGUAGAUUGAAAAACAUAACAUAAGGAGAUUUCAUGCUUUGGAAUCUAUUUUAUUUGACACUCCAAAACACUCCAAAACCAAUUGACCCUAAAACUAUAGCCUAAAUAAAUACUGUGAAAAAGUAAUAUAUUUCUUCAGUAGCCUUAAGCUGAUUUUAAACAUCAAUAUAUCAGCAGAAAAUGAUAUUCUGUGUAAAGAUAUCAUCUGCAUUAUAUUUAUAGAACAAGAAGAGAAAGUCCAAUAUGAAGCGCUAAGGUGAAAACGACCCCUGGUGACUUUCCCCCUCUCAGGGUUAAAGAAAAACUAUGAGCAGGCAUACUUGGGUUUGUGUCAUUUAAGGUAUACUGUAUACCUUGGAAUUCUCAUUGUUAGUUUGAAUACUACAUUUUGUCACUUUUUCGCGUAUACACAGAGAUUUCACAAAAUGUUCGGUGAUGGAAAUUUGGUUUAAAGUUAUUGAAAAGUCAUGAAAAUCCAUUGGUCAAAAUGUCUAUGAACCCCGCCCUCUGGUUUCUGUGACUCAAAAAAGUCCUCAAACAAAUCAAGAGAUAAAACCAGAGUAGAGAUUUGACUUUUCAGAGAUGGGAUAGUGAGAUGAGCUGUGUCAAGGCUGCUUCAAGUACCAGAGGGAGGGGGGGUCAGCAUUUGUGUUUCGCUAAAGAAGUAAAAGAAACCCAAUACGUCACAGGUCUGAGGAAGUAAGAUCCCCUAUUGAGGAACUAUCUGGGUUUCGUUGUUGUUUUCUUCGCUGUGUGUUUCCAUUGAUUUAAUUAAAACUUGUUAGAAAUGGGCCAACGAAGAACUCAGUAACUUUUGUUGCAGAUCCAGGAUUUCUUAUCCACUUUCUUUAACUUUGUGAUUUAGGGUUAUGACCUUGGUAGAGGGACUUUGCCUCUCAAGUGCCCUUCGAGUUGGAGUUUUAUUUCUGAAGUCUUCUUUUCAGAGCUGGCUGCGUGUAUCUGUGUCUGUCUGUGACUUAGUGUGUCCUUGUGCAGGUGUGUGUGUGUGUGUUUUGUGGAUUAAAUGUGAGGUGUGUGUGUGUGUGAGCUUUUAACUUUUAAUUCAAAGAUAAUUGCUUUGCAGCUGGUUGGAAGUCUCAGUUUUUGUGUUGUUGAUGUUCAUUAACGCUGCAGACGACAACAGAGACAUUGUGCAGUUGGUGAAUGAUGCACAAACGAAAUGUACUGCGCUGCAUCUGCUAUUUAAUUUUUCUCAAAUAUCUUGGUACAAAUCUUUCCUUCACGUAAAAACCAAAACAAAACCAAAAUAAGACUGGACAGUCACUCUAGAGAAGAAAUAAUUUAUCCUAUUGCACUUUUUAUGUGGUUCUAGUGCCUUUUAAUAAAAUUUUCUUUUUUUUUAAAUGUCUUAAACUUAAACUUCAAGAUCAAGAUCAAGAUUAAAGAUUUUUUUAUUUGUCAAAUGCACAACAAUAACAUUAAGCAGUCGCUGGCAGUGAAAUGCUUGAGUCUCACUCAAGCAUUGUGAGACUUAUUACUGCUGUAAUAAGACAAACUUCAAAACAUGUUCCACUUUAUUUAAAUUCACCUGUUGUGACAAACGAAAAUGCACUAUUGGGAACGUGUUGUUACAUAAAAAAACCUUAAUUUUGUUUGAUUCAGUAUGAGUAUGAUUUUUUUCGCGCCUCUGUAAAAAGCCUGAGGAUUCAGAGCAAUAUGGUUGGUUGAAUUUGGACCAAUAAAGUUUUAAAUUCCCCUUCA